AUGAGCUAUAGACAUCAAAUAAAUUUAAUCAAUAAACUCCACACAAUAGAAAAAGAAAAAGCAAAGGUAGAAGAUAGGUUGGAGAAACUCAAUAAAGAAGAUAAUAAUAAUAACAAUAAUAAUAAUAAUAAUAAUCAUCAUCGUGGCGGUCACAAUUACAAUAACAAUUAUAAAAGAAAUAGAAAUCAAUAUCAUAAUCACAAUAACAAUAACAAUUAUAAAAAUAAUGAUGAUGACGAUAGCAAUAGAAGAAAAAGACACCAGAAUGUAAAAAGUGUUACAGUUGUUGAAGGUGAGAAUAAAGACGGCGACAUUCACACAAAGAAAAUAACUGCAACCAUUACAUCAAGUGGUAGUUCAAUUACAACAGAAAAUAAAAAUGAACCUGAUAACAGUAACACAGAUAGAAAGACAACAGACUCUAGCACCAGCACUACAACAACUACAACAACUACAAACUCGGCAGCAAAAAACCCAGAACAAAAAAGAAAUAGAAUGUUUGUUGGUUUGUUGAAUAGAACACUACAAGAUUUUCAAAAGAACAUAUCAAAAAAAACAGAAUCGGAUUUAAGAAGAAUUGAAGUUGAUCAAAAGAUUGAAAAAGCAAUCAAUAAAGAAGAGGAAGAACGUAAAGAAAAUGAACGUAUAAAGAAAGAACAAUUAAAAGAAAAAGAGAAGAAAGUCCAUGAAGAACUAAUAAAGAAACAAGAGGAAUUAGAAGAAAAGAUUUUAAAAGAAUCAUGGAGCCUUCAAAACAAAGUUUUAUCAAAUUUCAAAUAUAAAACCAAAUGUAAACCACAAAUCUACUUUAGUUUGUCACCACUAGCUGACAAAAUUGGAUUCAAAUUAAAAAUCAACCAAGAUGAAGAUGAAAUGAAAAUAACUGAUAAAAAUAACAAUAAUAAUAGUAAUAAUAACAAUAAUAACAACAAUAGAAGAAAUAGAUCAAGAAAUAGUGAUGAUGAAGAUGAUGAUGAACAUAGCAGCGAAAGAAAUAAUGAUAACAAUAAAAAAGAAAAUGACGAAGAUGAAAAAUUUGAAAAAUUAGAAAAACAACCAUCAAUAGUAACAGAAACAGUACCAAGCAAUACUGACGUUGAAAUGAAUAAAGACAAUGAAGAUACAACAUGUAAUAUAGACAAGAAAGAAGACAGUGAUAGUCCAAAAUAA